AUGCCUCUGAACAUAGGGACAAAUGUCCUUGCACUUGUGGAAGAAAACCCAAGAAAUCAUAUCUUCAAAGCAAUCAAGGUGAAAGCUAUGAAUAAUCUUCCUGAGGGCAGUGAGCCAUCAAAACUUGGCAGAAGGCUUUGUAUCAAAUGUGUCACCUCUGUAACUGAAGACAACAUCUAUAUCAGCAAGGACACGUUUUUCCCGUUAUGCAUGUUUUCUGGAGGAUUCAGACCAUUCAAUGGAGAUUUGCUGCUGGUUGAGUAUUCCAUGAACCCGGGCACUUCAAACAUGAAUAUCCACUCUGCGAGCCCCCUCAACUCUCAGAAUAUGGAAGAGGUCUGUGUUACCAGCAUUGAUGGAAGAAAUGGCAUGGUGGAAUCUACCAUUUUUUUUACCCUCGAUUCUCUCCACAUACCUUCUGGGUAUAUACCAGGAUUAUACGACAUAGUGGAUGUUGUUGCUGUGGACACUAUGCAACCACACUGUUCUUGGAGAGCAGUAUCAAUGACCCCACUGGAAAUGGUGAACUAACCAGACCUUGUCAUUCAUUUUCAGACUUCUGUCUGUGGUCAUGGUGUAAUAAAAUAGU